GCCGUUUAGCGACUCCGGGAACUGCUGUCCUCGAGAUGUCGAUGAUGUUGGACUUGCAAACCAACCAUGAAGCGGAAUCGUAUGCAGUUUGAAGCCAAUGGCGAUGCGACCUCUGAGUCUCCCUCUCAGGGCGCAACCAAGUUCGCGCCGACCCCCGAAGAUGACUCAAGGCAAAGGGAGCGACAUAUUCCGAAGAUAUCGCGCAGGAUUCGCGCAUGCACUGAGUGUAAGCGACACAAGGUGCGAUGCGAUAUGAAUGCUGGCGAAUCGGUAUGUCAGAGAUGUCGUCGCAUGGGUUUGGAAUGUGUCGUCAACAAAAGUCUCCAGACCCUGCUGCAAGAUGAAGCCGAAUGGAAGACUAUGAUGGAACUUGUGGUCACGGAUCUGCUCAAAAAGGCUCAGUUACCGGACCUUUCAUACUAUCAAGCAAGCAACGAGUCGCCAGAGACGUGGUCGAAAAAUGGAAAUCGCAAAGCAUCUACCACAUCAAUAGACGAUUCUAAAACAGUUCUACUUAAUGACAGCAGGGUUGAUUCGCCAAAUGCUAACGGAGGCGGCGCAAUUCAACCCAGUUCAUCUAAUUAUGCGCCCUCCCGACAACAGCCGCAUUAUACCCUUGAGAAGGGAGAAGACAAUGAGGUUUCCUCACUGGUCACCGCGCCAAUGGGAAGUCUGUACGAGGUCACUCAGUUGGGCGAGUUGCGGGGAAAUUCUCUAGCGCACCAAUUUGUGUCUGAUCGGGCGCUGGUAACCGACUUCAUUUCUCGAGGCGUGGUGCAGUUGCAAGAAGCGGAAGAGCUAUUUUCUAAUUUUAAUCAGGUGUUGAACCGUUAUCUAUGGGAUGGUGUAGUAUUGGUGCAUAAGGACCUCACGUCUGUCCGAAUGUCGUCCUCGCUUCUGGCUGCUGCUAUUCUCACCGUCACGGCUCUCCACAUGCCCGAUAAGGAACAGACUUUUGACAAAUGUUACAAGGAAUUCUCGAGGCUGGCCUCCGAGUCGAUGUUAUGUCAUCAUCAUACAUUAGAUGAUCUACGAGCUCUGUGCAUUGGUGCAUUUUGGCUGGCAGAUCUCAGCUGGAAGCUCUCUGGGUAUGCCGUUCGCAUUGCCACGGAGCUCAAUCUACAUCAGUGCUACCGUAAAGCAAUACGGGGUUCGCCAGAGCAUAGGGAGCAGGCUAGACUCUGGUAUGUUCUUUAUACAUUGGAGCACCAUUACUCGAUUGCAUACGGGCGACCUCCCAUUAUUCACGAAGAUUCAGCCAUCACCAACCAUAAAACUUGGACCUCCUCUUCCACCACCUCGCAGUCUGACAUACGCUUGCAUUGCCAAGUGGAUCUAUUCAUCAUACUCUCACGAGUGUAUCAUUUUUUUGGCCCUGAUGUUGACAUGGAGGUACCCGAGGGCGAUGUUCCUAUGAUAGACAGAUUUAAUGCUGACUUUGAUGUAUGGCGUGCCGCCUGGCUGCCACGCCUAGGUGAAAAUCGGUACAUUGGUACCUAUCCAUAUAAAUGCGUCUACUUGCACUAUGAUUUCUCUCGACUGCAGUUGAAUUCGGUGGCCCUUCGUGCUUACCACUCCUCCUCGUCAACACGCAUGCUAUCACCUGCGCGAAAAAAACAUGCAAAUAUCGCUAUCGAAGCUGCUAUCGCCACGCUUAGGACUAUUUUGGAUGAUCCCCAUAUGCGUAAGGCACUGGUGGGAGUCCCAUUAUACCUUCAUUGCAUGAUUACUUUUGCUGCAGUGUUUCUUCUGAAGAUUGCUGCCAAGGUGUGCUCAAAUGGUGUUCCUGGCAUGUUCGACCAGCGCAACUCCAUCGCAUCCGCCGGAUUGCUCCUAGACAUCUCAUAUGUUCGGGACUUGGUUAGCCAAACAGUGGAGUUGAUGCUGACUUGCGGCGAAAGAGCAAGUGACCGGCAUCUCAGUAAUCAUAUAGCUCGUGGCUUGAAAAAGAUGUUGGCUGGGCUUGAGGAGUGGGAGAAGAGGUGCACAUGUAGUCAACAGCCCCAUGGGCAGAUGCCUCAGGUGACACCCUCGAUCUUCGAGCCGAUUAGUAUCACCGGAGCGCAUCCACUGGGCGAACCGCACGCUGUACCUCUGAGCCAUCCCCCAUCGUUAGGAAUGGCUCCUCUGUCUGCCGAGCGGAACAAUGGAAUUAUAUCCCAAGAGCCUGGAGUCUCCGAAGGCUCUCUCAACCCCACGACUUUCGACUGGUGGGGUUUUGAUGAAGAGUUUUUCCCAACGGGCGUCUUCGACUUCCUACAAUCUCAGAUGCCUGCUUGAUGAGAUCGUUCAACUCUAUGUACAAGGUCUUAGCAUCUGCGAUGAGAUAUAUAUGUAUAAUUUGGGCCUCUGGAUUGGCGUGGCCUUCUUACUUAACAGGCGCUUUACCAGAUGACGGAAGGUAAAAUGUGCAGAAAGAUUCCCCAGUCCGUCAUGAGAGCCAUCCCCAUUGACGGCUUUGGGGCCCAUCCCAGACAGAUCCUACAUGGAUAUCAGACUAUUCCCGCACUGUUAAGGGGUUGUCUUCCUCCGAUUUAGUCGCCACAUGCCGACGGGAGACUCGAGUUCAAUCAUUUGGGACCACUGUCCACAAUGUAACUGGCACUCUAGAGGUUCACUUGACACAGGCCACGACCAGAUCUACGCAUAUUCCAUGUUAUUAAUAAAAAGUACAUGACCGUAAGAUACGAGUAAUAAAUAUAUUGCAAUUGGACUGACUCUAACAAUCAGCUCCGCCUGGAGCCAUUGAGCCGCGGCAAGGCAUUAUUAUUCUACUGGCAGAGGCCCUUCCUUUCGCAUGCAAAGCCUACGCGUCUAGUCAACACGAUGAAAACUUAACUGCAUAAGGAAGGUUUAAGCGUUCUAGUAUGAGCCUAGGGCUUGGGUAC